CUUUGCAAGAGACACCAGGAUGAACCAGGAAGUAAAGUUUCUUCUGCUUUGGUCUCUCCAUCUUCCCUGAAAAGAGAAAAGCAAAGGAGGGACUUGAGCAGCAAAGGGGGAGAAGCAAGGCAUUACAGGUGCAGCCGAGAGACCAUGACCACGUUAAUUCACCGAGGGCGGCGGGCUGACGUUGGCAAGAAUGCUGACAAGCGGGUGGAGGGGGAUGAAGACUCAGUGCUGGACAAGAGUGCGGGCGAGGAAGACUCUGGCGACUCCAAAGAUAUCCGUCUCACCCUCAUGGAGGAAGUGCUGCUCCUGGGACUGAAAGAUAAGGAGGGCUACACAUCUUUCUGGAAUGACUGUAUCUCCUCAGGGCUGCGCGGUGGCAUUCUCAUUGAGUUGGCCAUGCGAGGAAGGAUACAGCUGGAGCCUCAAACCAUGAGGAAAAAAAGGCUGCUGGAUCGGAAGGUGCUUCUAAAGUCAGACGCCCCAACGGGAGACGUGCUCUUGGAUGAGACGCUCCGCCACCUCAAAGCCACCGAACCUGCUGAGACAGUGCAGACUUGGAUUGAGCUGCUCACAGGUGAAACCUGGAACCCCUUCAAGUUGCAAUAUCAGCUCCGCAACGUCCGUGAGCGGAUCGCCAAGAACUUGGUGGAGAAGGGCAUCCUGACCACCGAGAAGCAGAACUUCCUCCUCUUCGACAUGACCACCCACCCGGUCACCAACACCACGGAGAAACAGCGCUUGGUGAAGAAGCUCCAGGAGAGUGUCCUGGACAGGUGGGUCAAUGACCCCCACCGCAUGGACAGGAGGACCUUAGCGCUGCUGGUGCUGGCCCACGCCUCUGAUGUCUUGGAGAAUAUCUUUGCCAGCCUGGUUGACGAGCAAUAUGACGUGGCCAUCAAUCGGUCCAAGGACCUGCUGGAGAGGGACCCUGAGGUGGAGGCUGCCAAGGCGGGCGGCACUGAGAUGAUCUGGGCCGUCCUGGCGGCUUUCAACAAAUCCUAAACCCUCCCCAGCGGAGAGAGUUUGUUCUGAGUGGGUUUCACCCCUUUCUCUCUAGGAUUGAACCUUACACUCUGUGGAUUCUUCCUGUGCCCUUUAAGAGCGGGCAUGGGCAACUUUCUGUUGUCAUGCAAGCCGGAGCAAUGGGGCACCGUGGGCAGCAUUCUGUUAUAGGAAAACCUAUAUGUUCACCACCUCUUCCUUGGAUUUGGGGACCUGUUAGAUUGCAAGAAUUGAGCGAAGAAGAUUUGUGCGUCUCUUUCUCCCUUCUCUGAUGCCCCUCUUUUCUUUGUUCUUUUGUUAAUCAUACAUCCCAAGUUAAAAUGAAGGUUUGAAAAUGAAUUGAACCACCUCACUUUAUAUCUCUCUCUCUCUUUUUUAAUUUCAGAUCUUUUUUUUUUUGUGGUAUGUUUUAGGAAGGACUGAAUUGCAGUGUGUGUUCUGUUGUGUUGUUUUUUGGGGUUUUUUUUAUCAGACGUCUGACCUCAGUUUUGCUCUGUCUUGCUUCUUCUCAAUCCAAAUUCCUCUGGAUUUUUUUCCCUGUGCUGUUCUCCUUGAGUUUGUUUGGAAAUACCAUUACAACACAAAUCUCUAUGCAA